AACAACUAAAGAUCCAGAGGGAAAAAAAAGGAGCGCAAAAUCAACAACUGCAGCGAGCGAGUAAAAUCAGAGAUCGGCGCGGCGUGAGGGGGCGAGUUGGGAGACAAAACAAAACUCCCUUUCCGGAUUGGGGAAGGCCACAAGCAAAACCCUAAAUCUUCGCGAUCUCUGUUCGUUUGAUUUCCCUUUUCGUUUUUCCACAAUCCAGUGCUUGCCGAAGAACUAAUCUUUCCAACAAGGAAGCGCACCGGUGUGUGUUCUGGUUAUGGGGAGGAAGAAGAAGAGGGUUUCGUCUAAGGUAUGGUGCUACUAUUGCGACAGGGAAUUCGACGACGAGAAGAUAUUGGUGCAGCAUCAGAAGGCCAAGCACUUCAAGUGUCAUGUCUGCCAUAAGAAGCUUUCUACUGCUGGUGGUAUGGUCAUCCACGUUCUUCAGGUCCACAAAGAGUCAGUCACCAAAGUUCCUAAUGCAAAGGCUGGCAGAGAAUCAACAGAUAUUGAAAUAUAUGGAAUGCAAGGAAUUCCACCUGAUGUCUUGGCAGCACACUAUGGAGAGGAUGAUGAAGAGUCUGCAUCGAAGGUGGCCAAAGUGGAGAUGCCACCAACUCAGAUGGUUGGUGGUAUGGUGCCUGGAUCGCUAGGUAUUAUGUACCCUCCUCAACCAGGUUUAGCUGCAAUGCGACCUAUUUAUGCUUCAACUGGACAAGCGCAGCCUACUGCCUGGCAAGUUCCACCUCGUCCCCAACCUUGGUUUCCCCCAAAUUCAGCCGUUUCAAUUCCCCCUCCUGCCCCAUUGGGCUAUGCUCAGCCGCCACUAUUUCCUGUGCAGACUGCAAGGCCCCCACUCCCAGUAUCUUCCACUCCUAUGCUCCAGCCUCCACAAAUAACGCCUCCUGGAUUGCCUUCAACUACACCUUCAGUUUUGGUUUCUCAACCGUUGUUCCCUGUUGUUAGUAAUAGCCACGGAUCUACCCAAAGCUCUCCUUUUCCUUCAUCUUCACUUCCAACAAGCAUUCCUUUGACAUCUGCAGCAGAAAUCAAGGGCUCAUUGAGUAUACAUUUGGGUGGAGUAUUGAGCAAUUCACACUCUUAUGCCUCGGGACCAAAUACAGGCGGUCCUUCCAUUGGACCUCCUCCUGUAAUUGCGAAUAAAGCUCCUAUUCAGCCAUCAACAAAUGAAGUAUAUUUGGUUUGGGAUGAUGAGGCGAUGUCUAUGGAGGAAAGAAGAAUGUCCUUAACUAAGUAUCAGGUGCAUGAUGAAACUAGCCAGAUGAGUUCAAUUGAUGCAGCCAUAGACAAACGAAUCUUGGAAAGCAGGCUUGCUGGUCGAAUGCCAUUUUAGUUCAAGCCACGACGACGGUUUCAUGAAGCUCCAUGAUAAGCGGUAUGUGGCUGUAGGUUUCAGAAGAAUCUGUGGAAUUUGCAAGUCAGCAGGCAAAUGUUGAGAACAGGUUUUUAGGGUGUCUAACAGAUUGAGAAAUUACAUAGGCCAGACAGAAGAGAGUUUUCUUUGUCCUAUUUAUGUUGUCAAUUACCUGUAGGCGAUUAAAAAGAGAAAGGGUGUGUUCUUGUUGGUCCUUUUUGUUUGUUGUUCUUUUCCCCCGCUUAGUGCCAAAUUUGCUACCAGAAUUUGAGUUUAGAGAAAGACUUGCAGUUUCGCCCUUGGGAGAUAACUUUAUCUUCCUUUCUCCUCCUCCUCCUCCUCCUCCCUGCUGUUGGCUAUAUAAAAUGUUUUGAAGCUCAAGUCGGUGAAUAAAGCAACAUAAGAGAACGCAAGAUUCAUAUGAAA